AUAACUUACAUACAUAGUACCUUACCCAAUCGAUCAUUCGAAAUACCAGAUCUUGACCUUUCGUUACAUUCCGUCUCCACUCGAUUGUGACAUUUAUGCCGAUCUUUUUAAAAGACAAGGGAUCUCGAAAUACGGCGCAUUCACGUACCGACGCAAGCUGAAUCCUCACCGUUCCCAGCCACUUAACAUGGACCCAGCCAAUGACACACAAACACAGGGAAGUUUGGAACGACGGCUACAUGAUGACGACACUAAAUCGACAGUCCAUUCCGGAAAGCUCGUGUAUGCCAAACCUCAAGACCUUCCGAGCUUUCCGUCUAUUGGCCUCUCGGAAAAAGGAUCCGCAGCAAGCGCAGCAGCUGCCUUAGGCUGGACAACCAAUACGUCGCCUGAGCUGUGGAGGCCGGAUAAGUCCGCUCCAGCUUCAGCUGCCGCCGUUAUGGCCAAAGAUUAUAAACUGCCUCCUCCGUGGGAGCCUGUACCGAGCCAACAUGGUGCAAAGGCUGCUUUACUGGCUUCGCAGUCUGUUAUGGGAUCAAACAUGUCUCGAAGGCCAACCGCUUCCGAUUCUGGCCUAUAUGCGGCAAACAUAGCCUUUAGAUCUGAUACAAGCAUAGCUAGUACGUCGAACUCAGUUAGUCUUGAACACCGGAGGUCACUACUUGCUGCAAGGGGCGCCAUGGCAAAUCGCCAGAGGGCCAAGUCAUCGCCGGUCCCGAAAGAAUCGUAUCCGGACGAAGCCAAUGCUGCUGCAAAUGCCCUAAGCGCCGCCACGCGGGCUCAUAGACCAGUGCGAUCUCCGACACUAAGCGAAGUGAGCGAGAAUGCUGGGUCUGUUCCCUUUACAAAUAUGAACAGGCAAAUGUUCACAUCACGACCACCAGUGAAACCCGAAGUUGAUGAGCAGAAGAGAGCAGAUGUCCUUCAUGCGUCGGCUCUCGCCAUGGCCAAGAAGAUGUUUACUCAACAGCAGAAAAUUAUGGAGGAGAGGAAGGCUCAUGAUGGUAGCACCUCUCGGGAGCACGUUGAUGCCCUUAGUAGCGUCAGCGACGAUGCGCAACCCGCACAUCUUACUAAUCUACAAGAUGCUGCCUACAAGCAAGCUCAAGCGCGUCUAGCUAAGAUGCACGACGAACAUUUCAAAGAUAGGGAGUUCCAGGAAUACUACGGGGCUAAGCAAGCUUCCCGACGCUUCUCGAUUAGGGGUAAAUUAAGAAAGAGAUCAUCUAGCGACGGCGACGUUAUCGAAGACCGUAGGCGUUCGCAGCAUAUCAGGCAGCAGAUGACUCUAUUUUCUAGCAAACUUUCCGAAGUUGACGAUAAAAAACGGCAGCACGAUCAAGAAGCAUUGCUUGCUGCUGCCCAGAGGAACGUCCAUGAACGUCUCAAGGGGAUAGAUGAAAAAAUAGCAGCUGAAACUGGAAUGAUGCCACCAUCUACAUUGACACAAUGGGAGAUCAAGGCAAACGCCACCGCUCAAGCCGAGAGUGAGCAACGUAUGAGUCAAGCGCACAGGAAAAUCGAUAUUGGUGCAGGGAAGUUCAUGGAGCAAGAGGACAUCGAUGCAAUUGCUGCGGCUAGGGUAAAACCUGUUCUUGAUGAGAUUAACGAGAAAGUCGACGAGGAACAUGCAAGGCAAACAGAGCUGCGUCUCGAAAUGGAGAAAAAGAAAGAAGAGGAGGAAAUCGAGAAAGCUCGGCAAAAAGAGAUUCAAGAGAUAAGUAAGAGGCUUAAGGAGCAAGAUAAACAAGAACAGAAAGAGAAGAAGGCAGAGGAGAAGCAAGAAGCUAAGGCAAGGAAGGAAGAGGACAAAGCGGCUAAAGCUGAGCAGAAGCAGGAAGCCAAAGCUAAGAAAGAAGAAGAACGGGCUGCUAAGGCAGAACACAAGCGGCUAGCUAGACUCGAGAAGCAAAAAUCUGCAGCUGAUCGACACGGAAGUCCGGAGGAACCUGAAGUUGAAAUGGGGACGGUUACACUGAAUACUGCAGGACAGCCGGUCGCAGUGCCUGCUCCAGAAGUCGACGAGGCCCCGAUUGAAGGUUCUGAAGAUGAAGCAAUUGAUAGAGAGUCUACCUCACCUGCUGAAAAGUUGUCAAGAGGCGGGGUGAAAUCCUGGCUCAAGAAUCGGUUCUCUAGAGGAAGAAAAUCAUCGGACGAGGACAAGUCUAAGGACAAGUCAACUGCGAGGGGCUUUAUCGGUGGCGUAGCCCUCACCGGUGUGGGCCGCUCAGUGAGUAUGGAUAACCGCAGCGCUAGCGAACGCGCCGUGGCGAUGGCCGGUAAAGAACGGGAGCCACGCCAGAGACGGGCCACAACAAAUUAUUCCAUCCAGCAUGACGGGAUGAGUAGUAGUUCAAGCGAGAAUGAAUGUUUUCGUGACGAGGCAAGGGAGGUGCCCAGAAUUGCGUUGACGCCCCCUCGACCUAUUCAGGACUCUUCGUCGAGUACGAACCAUAGUCCUAAUAGGAACUCGAAGUUUAUGGAGAUGGUGUGAGGCUUUUUUCUUUCGCAAGGAUGGCGUUUGGUGCCAUUAUAUUACAAUACGUUUGGGUAUGACUUGAGGUAGG